AUGAGUCGCGCGCGUGUGUAUUGCGACGUAAAUGAGACCCGUCCACGCGAGUACUGGGACUACGAGACACUGAAUGUCGCCUGGGGGGACCAAGACAACUACGAGGUGAUCCGCAAGAUUGGCCGAGGCAAAUAUAGUGAGGUAUUUGAGGGCUACAAUGUAGCCAGUAAUUCCCGCUGCGUUAUUAAGAUUCUCAAGCCGGUCAAGAAGAAAAAGAUUAAACGUGAGAUCAAGAUUUUGCAGAACCUGUCGGGUGGCGUAAACAUUAUCCAGCUGCUAGAUGUGGUACGCGACCCGCAGUCCAAGACCCCGAGUCUAGUAACCGAGUAUGUUAACAACACGGACUUUAAGACACUGUACCCGACGCUGAGCGACUUCGAUAUCCGCUACUACUUGUUCGAGCUGCUGAAGGCAUUGGACUACUGCCAUGCAAACGGCAUCAUGCAUCGCGAUGUCAAGCCGCAUAAUGUCAUGAUUGACCACGAAAAACGACAACUGCGUCUGAUUGAUUGGGGUCUCGCUGAGUUCUACCACCCAGGCCGUGAAUACAACGUGCGUGUGGCUAGUCGCUACUUUAAGGGACCCGAGCUAUUAGUGGAUAUGCAGGAGUACGACUAUUCGCUGGACAUGUGGAGUCUGGGCUGUAUGUUUGCGGCCAUGAUCUUCCGUAAGGAGCCAUUUUUCCAUGGCCAUGACAAUUGCGACCAGUUGGUAAAGAUUGCCAAGGUGAAGGGUACGGAUGAGCUAUUUGACUACCUCACGACGUACGAUCUGGAGCUCGACCCGCAGUACGACGGUAUCCUGGGCACGCACACGAAGAAGCCGUGGGAGAAAUUUGUCACACAAGACAAUAAGCAUUUGGUGUCCGCCGAGGCCAUCGACUUCCUAGAUGGUUUGCUGCGUUAUGACCACCAAGAGCGUCUGACGGCAAAGGAGGCUAUGCAGCACGCGUACUUUCAGCCUGUACGUGAUGCAGCCGAACAGAAGCUGCGUGGUGGCGCGCAUCAUACCGACGAGAUCACCAGCGUAUCCGACUCAAGUGCGUAA